AUCCAGACCGCUGGUCCGCUGGCCGCACAUGAGUCACCCGCUGGGCGGGAGCCCAUGGCCUUGCGAACGAGAGCCGGGGGUGUGAUGAGAGACUCUCUAGCUGUUUAUAUUUGUGCUCACGUCGCACUUCCGGGAUUAUAGCGCAACAAAACGCAUUGAUUAUGAAGCUGAAAGGCCUUACCAGCUUUUUCACGACCUUGAGGAGGGUAUUCUUUCUGCCGCCGGCUCAAUCGAUUGAUGCUAUCCUCGAUAGCAAGCUGAAGCUACUUCGCGACGACAAUUCGGGCCAGUUCUCCAACUUUCAGGGCCAGUUCACCAACUUUCAGGGCCAGUUCUCCAACUUCCAGGGCCAGAUUCAGGACCAGCUCAACCUGCACUUCACCGACGUUCAAAAACAGUUCACCAGCUUGCAUGAGGACGUCGCACGCGUAUCCAGACAGCAGGACUAUAGAACUGAGAUCGCCGCGAGCGCUGUCCUGCAUCGGCAGUUCCAUACGGCGGGGGCACCCCGCACCCUGCGCCGCGCGGAGGACGUUGCGGCAGUGCUGAUACUGGAUGGUGAUCCCCUACUGCCCACCACCAUGUCGCUGGUGGACGCGCUGCUCCACAAGGACGUGGGAUUCUGGCACCUGCUCCUUUAUUCGGUGAAGAAGUUGCCGGAGCUGGCUCGCGGCCAGGCUCCCAACAGCUCGAUGGCGAUGGCCGCCAACGAGCUGCUGGAGCUGGAGGCCGAGAGGCUGGUCCAGGCCACGGCGACGGCUGCUGCUGCUGCGGCGGCUGCGGCGGUUGCAUCAUCAGCGGCGGUCGGGUCGCAGGAGCAGUGCACCACCAGCAGCAGUGGUGUCGAGGUGGAGUCUGAAGUGCAGCUGCAGCGGGCGUACCUGCUCAAGGUGGUGCCGCUGCUACACCGCAGCGGCCUGGGCCGCAUACUGUUCGCGGAUGAGCUGGAUGCAUACCUGCAAAGGGAGGACUCGGCCGCCGCGCGCACAAACCUGCUGCUAGGCCGCGCCGUGCCGUUCCUGACAGCGGUGGCCACUGGUGAAGCCGCGGAUGAACUGCAGCUGGACCGCUGCAGUGGCGUGUCGCUGAGCAGGGGCCGGGCGCCGGCGCAGUCGGCAGACCUGCAUCUCGGGGAGCUGGCGAUUCUCAGCAGCAGGUUCGAGGACGGGCGACAGCAGCUGGAGUGGAGCGCCACCACCCUCGCCUGGGCCUACCACGCCGCGCGGCUGGCGGGUGAAGCUCAGGGCGGCGCCGGCGGGGUGUUGGCGAUGACACGGGCAUUGCCACCGGUGCUCACCGUGCAUGCACACCUGCUGUUCAGCCUGCCGGACUGGCGCCCGGGACAGCCGCAGCCUGGCGCCUACCGCGUGGAGGCGCUGCCGGUGCUGGGCUGCCCCCUGACGGUGUACUACAACUAUCAGCACGGCCGAGUGCAUUACAGGCGGUGGUAAUGGCGGCGCAGCGCAGCACAGACGCCGGCAGCAGUAGCACAAGCAGCAGCAGGGACGCAUGUGGGGGGCGGAGGGGGCGAGCAAGGCCACGUGAAGGAGGACAGCGCAGAGCCGCCCAAGAAGCGGUGCCGGCGCGCAGGCUGGUUUGUCCGUGUUUUUGUUAGUACAAUCAAAUUGACAAGAGAAGUGGUCCCCUGUUGAGCAUUUAGCGCUAAAUGCUUAACGGGGGACCACCUCUCUUGUCAUUGUGAUUGUCGUUUUUGCAUGGUUUCAUCAAGCCAGCAGGCGUCACUGUACUUACUGCUUGCGCAUUGCAAGAGGGACUUGAGAACGAAUGCAUGAGCACUCGGCCAUGUGGGCAAUGCCUGGCUUGAGUGUUGGUAGAUCCUGGGUUUGAUGCACGUGGCCGGUACGGGCCUUGCUUGGCCGUGCGGACCGGUUACAACAACGACUUUUGUCUAGUUUCUGCCCGGCGUGCGGUCAACUGGCCGGGCAGACCCGGCAACGGUGGCGUGGGCCGCGCUGUCGUGGUAGUGCGCAGUUGAGGGUGUCAGAGUGUCAGCACGCAGGGCUUGAGUGUCUAAGAUGGCGCCUGCGUUUUAAUGCCCCUGAUCGGUUUGCCACUCCCCCUCGACUUACAAGCACACGUGUGGCUUGAAAUCGGCUUAGAGACUGCGGUUGUGGUUCACGGACGUUAGGGCUCUGGGCGCUUGGCGCGCUGAAGGUCGUGGGUAGUGUAAUCGUGACAAGUG